GCCUGCACCAUCGCCAUUGCUUCUCUUCGAGCUCGUGUCUCGCUCGCUCGCUCGCGGUCUAAUUACAGGAGGCGGGGAUGCCAAGGAACGCGGCAAUGGCCGGGUGCUUCCCGGCCGCCGGGAGGCGGCGGGCGUUAACGCUGCCGGCGGCGUCGACGGGGGUGGGGGCGUAUGAGGAGGGGUCGACGUCGGCGGCGUCGACGUCCGUGGGGACGGGAUCGCCGCCGUCGUCGUCGUCGGCGUCGACCUCGUCGCCGGCUUUCCUGGACGAUCUUGAUCCGCCUCUGUACCUCGACGACGGCGAGGCGGAGGCGGAUGCCGGUGGGCUGUCCACGGCCAUCGCCUCGCGCCGGCUGUUCUUUGAGUCCCCCGGCCGGUCUAACUCCAUCGUGGAUUCCGCCGAGCACCCCGUCGUCGUCCCGCGCGGCAACGGCGGCGCCAGCUCGUCGUCGUCGGGGCGUCCUGCGGCCGGGAGGCAGGCAGGCGCGGCUGCGGCAGCCAAGGGCGCGCACGUGCGCGUGUGCGGGGACGAGCCGGCGCGGCCGGUCCCGGUGUCGACGGCCGCCCCGCGCGAGGAGUUCCUCAAGUCGAUGGUGGAGAUGGUGGACGCCAUGGGCCUCGACGCCGCCCGCCGCGGCGGCGACCGCGCCCGCCUCCACGAGCUGCUCCUCUCCUACAUCGCGCUCAACGACCGCGACGCGCUCCCGGACAUCCUCGGCGCCUUCACCGACCUCCUCUUCGCCCUCAACGCCACCGGCCCGGCCGCCCCGGCCACCGACACCAUCGUGCCAGAAGCCGGCGGCGCGAAGGAGAGGGAGGCGUAGCCGUCGAUCGAACGCCGGCGGCCGCCGUCGUGAGCGCGCGCGAAACGAGUUUCUAGAAGGAUUAGAGAAGGAUCAAGGGCGUUAAGUCUCAAGUGUAACCAACAGUUGUUCUUUGUGUCGCUCUUGUGCCGUCUUUUUGUUUUUUUUCCUUUUUUUAAUAACUUUGUUUUUUUUAAAUUAAAAAAUAUAUUUGUGUGCAUAGAUUAAUUAGCUUGGUGAUAUAGGAUGUCUUCACUGUAAUAUACGCAUGAUAGUUUACUUAGGGUAUCAUUAAUGAUUGAAGAGUUUUUUUUAAUUUGAUCACAAGAGUUUGAUGAGCAGGAGUGCUAAUACAGUGUAUAUGAUGGUGGGUUAUAUCUGAUCAUUAACUUU